AAUAUAUUAACAAGUCGAUUGUAAAUUGAAUUAUUAUACUGGAUCCUGUCACACAAAAUAUCAAUAAUUAAUAAUGACACUCUUAUUGGUUAAGUGACACUUAGAGAAAUUUGAUGGGGCUGAUUACAUCUACUGGAUAAAGAUCAUCUCUUCCUCUACAAAGGUAAACCUCUGGAUAAUUUGAAUUUUCUGUGUUCAUUAGUUAACUUUAGGGAAAGUUUGGAAAAGAGAAAUAAAAUCUAAGUGAGUCAUUGUGAAACCACUGUGGUCCAGUAACAGUGCUGUAACAUCUCUGAGCAAAUGGGAUGUGGGACCUUAGUGGGCACGGUUCCCAUGGCAGCGUUUCUCUGGCGCUGCCAGCAGGGAUUAUCUGGAAUAUCAUCCUCAAAAGCGGGACGUUUCUCCCGCUUUUGAGAAAUCUCAAAAGGACAGUGUCUGGAGAUAAGAUUAUUUAGUUCAAUCUAAUCACAUCUGAAGGCAUUUUCAUCACACUUGGUCCAAAUAGUAAAAUUAUCGCACCUGUGUAUGAAUAGGAAUGUUCAAAGUCAGUUGUUUUUUUUUUGUUCCUCACAUCAGCAGUUCAAAUUAACAUUACAGAAAACUUCAAAAACACAUCUGAAAAAGUCUUUGUUUUGCCAGUGCUCUCAUCGGAGGACAAUUUCCUUUCCUGCUAAGCAGGGCAAACAUGUUAAUUUCCUGUUUUCUUAGGCAACUAGGAGGUGACUCACACCAUCAAAGGCAUGCACAUUUUAUCAGCCACAGUGCCCAAUAUCAAACAAAAAAUGUGAAAUUCUCCUUACCUUAAAUACAUUAACAAAAGCAGGAAGCAUGAGUGGCGUGUGAUGGACCACGAUGGGCGGGUUUCAGUUGGAAAACUUUUUGUUGAGCUGCUUCUGCAGUGCCAUUUCCUUUUGAGUGGCAAAGCUCCUUCCCGCACUUUUUUGAAUUUCUCUGACUCUGAUCACCAUUACUAGACUUAUCAAAAUGAAAAUCGCCGCCUUCAAUGCAAAGAAACUGGGACUUCGAAAAGUCAAAAACACCAAAGUUUGCAAAUACCUUAUUAAGAUCAUCUCUCAGUACAGCAUAGUGUUCAUACUGGAGGUGAUGGAUAAAACUGGGAAAGCAAUGGAGAUGUUACUGGAAAAGCUCAGAGCUGUUUGUGAUAAAUAUGAAAUGGUCUGCAGCUCAGCUCUCGGCAGAAAUGGCUACAAGGAGAAGUUUGUUUGUUUCUAUAGAGAGGAUGAGGUCGAACUAACGGAUCAGCAUCAGUAUGAAGACAAUCAGCCGGGGGACGAAGACGCUUUUGCCAGAGAGCCCUUGAUUCUGCGCUUCUACUGUCCUACCACAGUUGCCAAAGAUCUGGUCCUGAUCCCGGUUCACACCCAACCAAAUGAUGCUGAGAAAGAACUGGAUGAGCUCCAUGAUGUGGUCAAAACCAUGAGAAAGAAAUGGAAAAGCCCGAACAUUAUGGUUCUGGGAGACUUCAAUGCAGCUGGUUCAUAUCUUUCAAAGAAGAAGAAGAAAGUGAUACGCAUCUCCUCUCCUCCUUUCUAUUGGCUGAUUGACGACACGGUUGACACAACAACUCACUCUAACAAGCACGCCUAUGACAGGAUUGUGGUGUACACAAAGAAAAUGCAAAACACCAUCGUCCCCAAUUCAGCCAAACCUUUCAACUUCCAGAGAGAGUUCAGGCUAAAUAAGACAGUAGCUCUUAGCGUCAGCGACCAUUAUCCUGUGGAGGUGGAGCUGAAGACUGCAGUGAGAAGAAGGAAGAAAGCCACAUGUUGUGCAAGAAAAACAUCCACCAAAGGAAAACCUUCGAAAAAAGGGCCUCAGAAGAGGGCCAGUCCAGCAGAAUCCAAGAAGAGGAAGAAUUCAGCAGCAAAAAGAAAGAGAGGACAGCAGGCUCUUAGUGUCACUGACCAUUAUCCUGUGGACUCAAAGACUGUCCGAAGAUCCCAACAACAAAGGAAAAAGGCCGCACCCCCAAAAAGAAAAGCAUCCAGCAAAACACAAACUCCAAAGAGAAGAGCUCAGAAGAGAUCCAAACCAGCAGACUACAAUGGAAGGAAGACUCAAGCAGCAAAAAGGAAGCGUAAUGAACAGUCACCGCCGCCUCAAUGGUCCAAUUAUGAAAGUGCUGGUUCUGAAUGUUUGGACGAUGAAAGAUCUGAAUUGUCCGACACUGAAAGCUCCUACUCCAACUCUCAAUGGCUCAACUCUGAAAGAUCCAUUCCUGACCAAACCGAUUCCUGUCUGCUGGUUCCUCUCACAUGGAUUCAUUAAUUCUGUGGCUUAUAAAGGAAAAUCAUUCAUACCGCCCUUUCAGCAUCCUGUUCAACAGACCUGUGCCUGCUAUCUACUCAAGAGAUCCAAUGGGCGGCCGAUCAACAGGUUGUGCUCAAAUCAACCCAAGAGCACAGAUCUAAGAAUUAUUUCAACCUCUGUGUGAUUUUUCUUUCUUGAGCUUUCAAAAAAUAAGUUUUAUCAAAAGGUUACCAAUUUCCCCCGUUGCAUUACUAGUGUCACUAACCAUGAAGUCUUCCUAGUUUAGUUUAAGGUGUUGCUUAUUUACUUGUAACUUUCAUAGGGAAAAACCUUUUUCUUUUUGUUGUGAUUUAUUUUUUCUUCAUCUUAGAAAUAUUUGUAUGAAAUAUAAUUUUAUUUUUUACUAAUGCAUGUUUCAUAUUCAGCUGUUUUAAUUUCAUAUGUGUUAAAUAAAUUUUUUCAGUAAGCAAAAUUUGUACAGUAAGUAAAAUUUGACAAAAUGUUUCCUCAAUAUACAUUUCAGCUCAAUAAAGACUGACUUUGCAUGCA